AUGGCUAUUUAUACCCCUUCUUCUUCUUCCCUCUUAGAAUACAACUCAUCUCCUUCUUCUCUCUUAGAAUACAACUCAUCUCUCUUAGAAUACAACAAACAGACAAGAUAUGGUCCGAUCUUCAAGACCCACAGGUUGGGUUGCCCGUGCGUGAUCAUUUCCAGCCCAGAAGCUGCAAAAUUUGUUCUUGUCACAAAAGCUCACCUGUUCAAACCAAUAUUCCCAGCGAGCAAGGAGAGGAUGUUGGGGAAACAAGCCAUCUUUUUUCAGCAAGGAGAACAUCACAGCACAUUGAAGAAACUUGUUCUUCGUGCUUUCAUGCCUGAAGCAAUUAAAAAGAUAGUCUCUGAUAUUGAAUCCAUCGCGGAGGAUUGUCUGAAAUCUUGGGAAGGAAAGCUCAUCAACACUUACCAGGAAAUGAAAACAUACACGUUCGAUGUAGCAUUCCUUUCCAUAUUUGGAAAAGACGAGGUUUUGUACAGAGACGAUCUGAAAAGGUGCUACUACAUUCUGGAGAAAGGGUACAAUUCGAUGCCCAUUAAUGUUUCAGGGAUUCUGUUCCAUAAAGCCAUGAAAGCAAGAAAAGAGCUUGCUCAGAUUUUGACCAAAAUCCCACCAAGCAGGCGUCAAAUGAAGCUUGAGCAUAAUGACUUGCUUGGAUCUUUCAUGGGGGAUAAAGGACUAACCGACAAGCAAAUCGCCGAUAACAUCAUCGGCGUCAUCUUCGCCGCCCGUGACACCACUGCAAGUGUUCUAACCUGGAUUGUCAAGCAUCGGGGAAACCCAACUGUUCUCCAAGCUGUCACUGAAGAACAGGAAGGCAUAAGAAAAACCAAAGAUAAAGAUGGUGUAGAGAAGGAGCAGAGUUGGGCAGAUACGAAAAAGAUGCCAAUCAGUUGUAUGGUGAUUCAGGAGAUUAUGAGGGUUGCUUCAAUUUUAUCCUUUACUUUCAGAGCAGCUGUCGAAGAUGUUGAAUAUCAAGGGUAUCUGAUACCAAAAGGGUGGAAAGUUUUACCACUUUUCAGAAACAUUCACCAUAACCCAGAAAUAUUUCCAGAUCCUGAAAAGUUUGAUCCUUCAAGAUUUGAGUCUGCUUCAAAACCCAACACUUUCAUGCCAUUUGGCAAUGGGACCCACUCCUGUCCUGGGAAUGAAUUGGCCAAGCUGGAGAUUUUGGUCUUCCUCCAUCAUCUUACCACAAAUUACAGGUGGUGUAUGGUGGGAACAGAGGGUGGGAUUCAGAAUGCUCCUUUUGCUCUACCCCAGAAUGGAUUCAGUAUGCUCCUAAGCAUUCUAGUAUUCCAAGCAACACAGACUUUCCAAAAGUAG